AUGGACAAUAAACGUGAGGCUGGUGACUUGAAAGCGGACUUGAACGAUGACCCCGAGGAAGUCAGCCCUAUUGGUGAAACCAUCCCCUGGCAAGAUCCAGCGGAUGAUUACCCCGAAGGUGGAGUAACUGCUUGGUUAACUGUGGCCGGUGCAGCUGCCAGCCUGUUUGUAUCUUUCGGCUGGGUUAAUUGUGUGGGAAUUUUUCAAAGUUACUACCACACCCAUCAGUUGAAGACAUAUACUGAGUCGGAAGUGGCAUGGAUAUCUUCUCUCCAAGUUUUCUUCAUGUUAUUCUGCGGGCCGUUCUUCGGCAGAAUUUUUGAUAACUGGGGCCAUUCAUACCUCGUUAAGGUUGGAACCGUUCUCCAUGUUGGGGGCCUAAUUAUUGCAAGUUUCAUGGAUACAUAUGCCGGGUUAUUACUUAGCCAAGCUGUUUGUUCAGCUCUGGGGGCUUCAAUGGUGUUCUACCCUUCCGUUACUUGUGUCUCUACUUGGUUUUAUAAACGACGAGCCGCUGCUCUUGGUCCAGUUGUCGCUGGUUCUUCCCUUGGAGGCGUCAUUUUCCCUAUUAUGGUCAUACACCUGAUCCCGAAAUGGGGCUUUAACUGGGCGAUGCGUGCAUGCGCCCUUCUAAUCCUAUGCUUGUUGAUAUUCACCAAUUUGACGUUGAAAUCCCGUUUACUACCAUCUAAACGGCCUUGGAAUAUUUCGGAGUUAACGCGACCAAUGAGGGAACCUGCUUUCCUAGCGCUUGCAGCUGCUGUGUUCUUCUACUAUUGGGGUAUGUUCCUUCCCGUAACAUACAUUGUCGUGGCUGCUCGCACGAAAGGAAUGUCGCAAGAUUUGGCAAAUUAUAUGGUCCCCAUUCUUAAUGCUGCUAGUAUCUUCGGGCGCACAGUACCUAACGUCGUUGCUGACAAGCUUGGUCGAUAUAACAUCAUGAUAAUCAUGUGUUCUAUAACUGCAACACUUAUCCUCGGUUCUUGGAUGUUUGCUUCAAACAACCUAGCCAUGAUUCUUUUCACUGUAUCCUUUGGGAUCUCAUCUGGAUCAGGGGUUGGGCUUACUCCAGCUCUCGUCGCUCAGGUGUCUCCCAUCAAGGAAAUAGGGACUCGAACAGGGCUGAUAUUUGCAAUUGGAUCUCUUGCUGGACUCAGUGGAUCGCCAAUUGGUGGUCAGAUCAUAGAGGCAAGCAAUGGUUCAUUGCGCUAUAUGAUGGUAUUUGCUGGAGUGAACUGUGCCAUUGGCACACUGUUCUUCAUUCUUGCUCGAGUUAUCUUAGGCGGUAUGAAAAUGGCUAGGGUCUAG